AUGGAGGGAGCGGGGAAGGUGAAAAAGGGCGCCGGCGGGAGGAAGGGCGGCGGCCCGAAGAAGAAGCCGGUCUCGAGGUCAGUGAAAGCGGGGCUGCAGUUCCCCGUGGGGAGGAUCGGGAGAUACCUCAAGAAAGGGCGCUACUCCAAGCGCGUCGGCACAGGGGCUCCCGUCUAUCUCGCCGCGGUUCUCGAGUACUUGGCGGCCGAGGUGGUCUCUCCUUCUCCGAUUGCUCGCUAUUGAGUCGUUCAAUCCUCGUAGAUCUCUCCGCUUGGGGGCCCGAUCUCCCCAAAAAAACACACGAUCGGCGGCGAUUUUCAGCGAAUUUUGGACGGCGGGGAGGAGGUGGAGGAGCCUUAGCCUGAUGCGUAUGGCGGUCGCGUGUUUCAGGUUCUGGAGCUGGCUGGAAAUGCGGCCAAGGACAACAAGAAGACUCGAAUUAUCCCGAGGCACGUCCUUCUGGCCGUGAGGAACGACGAAGAGCUGGGGAAGCUCCUCUCCGGCGUCACCAUUCCCCACGGCGGCGUCCUCCCCAACAUCAACCCGGUGCUGCUGCCGAAGAAGACCGAGAGGGCCACCAAGGAGCCCAAGUCUCCCAGCAAGGCCACCAAAUCCCCCAAGAAGGCGUAG